UGUUGCUUGCCACUUUCUUUCGGGGAUGUGGUCUUGAUGGUGUAGAUUUUCAUUUUGAUGUUGCAAAUUUCAAACCCAAAUAGGAGAACGAGGAAGCCCCGUUUCCCCAUUUAUUUUCACUCAUUUUUCUCCAAUUAAUUUUCCUCUCCGCUCUCUCUCUCUCAACAAUUACCUUCAAGUAGUGAUUGAUGAGAUUUUCUUAGGCGAGUCUAUGAUGUAUUUUUUUUAUUUUUUAUUCUUUAUGGCAUGAUUGGUAGAAGAUUGCUAUGCUUCAGAGCUUGGCCAUGAGUUUGAGGAGGAGCUCAACCUUUAAUGGCAUAAAAUUUGCAAUAAAAAAGGAGAAUACAGUGUUGCAUAUUCAUACAUAAAGCGUUGCAGCCUUCAUAUUGAAGCAACUCUAUCUCUCUUUCUCAUAUUGAAUUAUCAACCAUGCCCAAUCCCAUAACAACCCAAUCAAACCAACAUGAUCAAACCAAUAAACCCCAAAAAUCUUGUCCUCUUAAUCCGCCUCAACUCCCUGAUCUCCAAACUCACCCACUUGAACCACAACACAGAGGCCCUUCACCUCUUCUCUCUCCACCCAAAACCUGAUCAGUACACCAUUGCUUCGGCCCUCUCUGCAUGCGCAAAUCUCCAAAAUUCCGUCGCCGGGAAACAGCUCCAUGCACAUGCAACAGUGGCCGGAUUCCGGCCAAAUCUCAACCUCUGCAACUCUCUCCUUGCUUUUUAUGCAAAAUGCUGUGACCCCAAUUCGUCUCACCAAGUAUUCGAUGAAAUUACCAAACCAGAUGUGUAUUCAUGGACUACCCUUCUCUCUUCUUAUACCAAAUGUGGUAUGGUACAUGAAGCUUGCAAGAUUUUUGAUCGAAUGCCUGAGACAAAUGUUGUUUCUUGGAAUGCUAUCAUUAAUGGCUGUGCUGAACAUGGGCAUGCAGACACUUCUUUGCAAUUUUUUCGUGAAAUGCGAAGCUCCGGUAUUAGUCCUGAUCGGUAUACUUAUGCAAGUGUUCUGAGCUUGUGUUCCUGUGAGGAGAUGGUGAAUUUGGGGAUGGUGACCCAUGGUUUGGUAAUUCGAUCUGGGGUUCUUUUGAAGGUUUCAGUGGUGAAUUCUUUGGUAUCAAUGUAUUUGGGUUUCGGCUUGAUUGAAGAGGCUUACUGGCUUUUUGAGGAAGCUCUGGUUCGUGAUGACAUCACCUUUAAUGGAAUGAUUUCUGGUUUGGUUGAUCAGGGGAGAAACGUAGAGGCUUUAAUGGUGUUUAAGGAUAUGCAAAUUGGCCCAUGGAGGCCUUCUGAUCUUACUUUUGUUAGUGUUUUGAGUGCUUGCUCUUCUACAAAAAUGGUCACAUUGGGGGACCAGGUCUAUGCUCUGGUUACAAAAUCUGGUUUGGGAAGCUCAAUUCCAGUUUGCAAUUCAGCCAUUACCAUGUAUUCUAGUUGCCAAGAUUUGCAGAAAGCUUAUUGCCUUUUCAUGGAAAUGACGGACAAGGACUUAGUCUCUUGGAACUCCAUUAUCACUGGUUUUUCCCAGCUAAAUUGCCACCUAGAAUCAAUCUCAUUGUUUCUGCAAAUGCGAAGGUUAGGUGUUCAGCCUGAUGAAUUCACUCUCGGUACUCUUUUUGCUGGUGCCAAUUUCUUAACCCCAGAAUUUGCCAAAACAAUUCAGGCCUUCGCAUCUAAAUAUGGGUUUCUUCCGAGAACCACAGUCUAUAAUGCAUUAGUUAGUGCAUAUAUGAAACUGGGCAAGUUAGAGGAAGCUCAGCGAGUCUUUCAUGAAAUUCCUGAGAAAAAUUUGAUCUCUUAUAAUGCAAUCAUCUCAGGGUUUCUGCAGAAUGGGCUUCCCAUCGAGGCCUCUGCGCUGUUUUAUCAAUUGCAGGGCUCAAAAUUGAAACCCAAUUCUCUAACUCUAAACCUCUUUCUCAACAUUUGUGCAAGCAAGUCAUCUCUAGCACAUGGGAAAGAAGCUCACUCCUAUAUUCUGAGACAUGGGCAUGAAUCAGAGACUAUACUAAACAACGCCCUUAUAACGAUGUAUGCAAAAUGUGGUGCAUUAACCACUUCUCGAAGAGUUUUCGAUGAGAUUCUAGAGAGAGAUUUGGUCACUUGGAAUGCUAUGAUUUCAGGUUAUGCCCAACAUGGGCAUGGAGCGGAAGUCAUAGCUUGCUUCGAGGCCAUGCAGAACGAGGAAGUAAAGCCUGAUUGUGUUACUUUCACAUUGCUUCUCACUGGCUGUAGCCAUGCUGGGUUAGUGGAAGAUGGGUUGAGGAUUUUCUCUCUCAUGGUAGAGAGAUACAGGAUCGAACCUGGGUUAGACCACUAUUCAUGCGUGGUGGACCUUUUGGGUAGAGCGGGUCGGCUCCAAGAGGCUGAAAAUUGCAUAAGCAGCAUGCCGUUCGAGGCAGAUUCAUGCAUAUGGUGGGCUCUUUUGAGUGCUUGUAGAGCUCAUGGUGAUGUGAGGCUUGGAGAAAUUGCAGCGAGUAAUUUGAUGGAGAUGGAGCCCGAAAACCCAGCAGUUUAUGUGUUGUUAUCCAAUAUAUAUGCAGGAGCAGGGAGGUGGGACGAGGCAGCAGAGGUGAGGGGGUUGAUGACGGAGAAAGGGGUGGUGAAGGAGCCAGGGUGCAGCUGGGUUGAUGAAAGAAGGGUAGAUGGGAGAGAGACUAGUAGUGAAGGAGCCAGGGUGCAGCUAGCUUGAGGGGUUAGAUGAGAGAGACAGGAGUAGUGAAAGAGCCAGAGCAUGCAGCUACGUCAGUCUAAGGGGCAAUAGACUGGGCCUGGACCCUCCAGUGCUGGCCCGGUGCCCUAUAGGCUCGGUCCAGGCCUGCUCCAGGCCUGCUAGGCGGCACCACCACCAGUAAUUUUAAUGGUUCAGGCUGGGCCAAGCCAGGCUGGGUCUAUAACAAAUUAACAUUUUUUUAAGUACAACAAAGAAAAAGGUGGGGCCGUGCCACAGGGGCUCUGGCCCAGGUCCUGCCUGGUCGACCAUCUUGCCAAGCUGUCAUGCCCGGGCUCGGGCUGUUCUGAACAGGGCCGUACUGUCCAGCCAAUUGCGACCCUUAUUGAGGGGAUUGAUGAGAGAAUUGGGGGUGGAAGGAGGGGGUUAUGUUGUGGCUGGGUUGCCCAUUGGCUUUCGUGCUAGCCGUUGCAUGUUGCUUUCGGGCUGCAGUUUGCUGGGCACUAAUGCACUC